AGUAGUCUUCCCCUUCUGUUCUCUCUUUCUCUACCCAAUUUAAACCAAAAAUAUUUUGCUUCCCCAAUUUUAGCGAAAAAAAACUUACCAAUUUUUGAUCGUUUUUAGAAAUACAAGCAAAGCUAUACCAGUACUCUUCCAAAAUUUUCUAGUAUUGUUCAAACAAAGAAUAUUUCUUCCGGAAAUAAUAAGAUUUUGUUACUGUGAUGAUGAACAGUAACAAAAUUAAUAAAGCGACCUAUCUAGAACCAGGAAGACAAAGAUCGAUCCUAUAAAUUAACGUUUUUUAUGGCUUCGAAUCAUCUUCACAAGGAAAGCAAGAUCGAGAUUAUUUCUGCUUCUUCUUCAUCUACUUCUGCACCGGCAUCUAGCUCAAGUAGCAGAUACGAAAAUCAGAAGCGACGGGACUGGAACACGUUUGGUCAGUACCUGACAAACCACAGGCCUCCCCUCACGCUUUCUAGAUGCAGUGGUGCUCACGUCCUUGAAUUCCUUCGUUACCUUGAUCAAUUCGGAAAGACUAAAGUUCACUUACUGAUGUGUCCGUUUUAUGGGCAUCCGAAUCCACCAGCACCGUGCCUGUGUCCGCUAAAACAAGCUUGGGGAAGCCUAGACGCACUGGUAGGACGACUUAGAGCGGCGUAUGAAGAAAAUGGAGGAAUGCCUGAAACGAACCCUUUUGGUGCUCGUGCUGUUAGGCUUUAUCUUCGUGAAGUUCGUGAUUUGCAGUCUAAAGCAAGGGGAGUUAGUUACGAGAAGAAGAAAAAACGGAAACGUCCUCCACCACCACCACCAUCGCAACAGUUGUCCACUUCGGUACAACUGCCACUGCCACUGUCAUCGCCGCCACUUUCAGGUAAAGCUGCACUACCAUUUGAGCUAUGACUCGAUCAACAUCUACCUUCAGAUCGCGCCCAAAAUUAUUCAGUGACGAAAUCAAGAAAUUCUAACAAAUUAAAUAGUCAUAUAUAUAUAUAUAUAUAUAUAGCUCAACUUGCUAUUGGUCUUUUCACUUUGUCCUAUUUAUGGUUUAGUCCCAAUUAAUUAAGCAGGAGUGCAUGCAAGUUCAACUACUUAAUUACUAAUAAAGUAACAACUUGGUGCUCUAUCAAUAUUUAUUGAUAUUAAAUAAA